AUGAUCGGAAUUCUGGAUUUUUCAAGUUUUAUUCAAAAGGGGUUCUCCUCGGUGGUGGCUCUGGGGGCCAGCAUCAUCUGUAACAAGAUCCCGGGGCUCGCUCCGAGACAGAGGGCGAUCUGCCAGAGCAGACCCGAUGCCAUCAUCGUGAUCGGAGAAGGGUCGCAAAUGGGAAUCAACGAGUGUCAAUUCCAGUUCCGAAACGGGCGCUGGAACUGCUCCGCCCUGGGAGAACGGACUGUGUUUGGAAAAGAGCUGAAAGUGGGUAGCAGAGAAGCAGCAUUCACAUAUGCCAUCAUUGCUGCUGGAGUUGCACAUGCGAUCACUGCUGCCUGUACACAAGGAAACUUGAGCGACUGUGGUUGUGACAAAGAAAAACAGGGACAAUACCAUAAGGAGGAAGGAUGGAAAUGGGGAGGCUGCUCUGCUGAUAUUCGGUAUGGAAUAGGUUUCGCCAAAGUAUUUGUGGAUGCAAGGGAGAUUAAACAGAACGCAAGGACUCUCAUGAACUUACACAACAAUGAGGCAGGCCGUAAGAGCAUGUAUAAUACAGGGUCUGUGAAGUGCAAAUGUCAUGGAGUAUCUGGAUCUUGUACUACUAAAACAUGCUGGACAACCCUUCCUAAAUUCCGGGAGCUGGGCUACAUCCUUAAGGACAAAUACAAUGAAGCAGUUCAGGUUGAACCAGUGAGGGCAAGUCGAAACAAGCGUCCAACCUUCCUUAAAAUAAAGAAGCCGUUGUCCUACCGCAAACCGAUGGAUACAGAUUUAGUGUACAUAGAAAAAUCUCCAAAUUACUGUGAAGAAGACCCUGUCACUGGCAGUGUGGGAACACAGGGAAGAAUGUGCAACAAAACAGCUCAGCAGUCCAAUGGCUGUGAUCUGAUGUGUUGUGGUCGAGGCUACAACACUCACCAGUACUCGAGAGUAUGGCAGUGCAAUUGUAAAUUUCAUUGGUGCUGCUAUGUUAAGUGUAAUACAUGCAGUGAAAGAACAGAAGUGUAUACCUGUAAAUGA